ACCGUGCCCUUGAGCUGGAAGACGGCGAGGAACCAUGCGCGGUGCAGAUUCGUUACGGUGGCUGCAAGGGCAUGCUUCUGCUUGACCCGACUCUGCCCGGACGCCGGAUCAUCUUUCGUCAGAGCAUGUGCAAGUUCCAGUCUGAGCACGAAGACCUCUACAUCCUGAAGACCAGCAAGCCGCGUGUGCUGUACCUGAACCGCCCCAUGAUCACCAUCCUGGAACAGAGCGGCAUCAAGACGAAGACGUUCCUCACACUGCAGAACCACAUCCUGGACUCAUUCAUCGACAGCAUGCUAGACCCUCACGAAGCCGCACAGGUCCUGUGCACGUACUGUUCUAUGCGCCUUCCAUACAAGGAGCUUGCGGGAGUCGGCAUCGACCUCACUGUGGAGCCUUUCUUCCGUGCUUUGGUCCGCGCCGUUAACAAGAAGGUCCUGAAGGAACUGAAGACUAAGGCUCGCAUCCUGAUCCCACCGAGCUCCGGCCGCACCAUGUUCGGCGUGCUGGACGAAACCGGCACACUGGAGUACGGGCAGGUGUUCGUCCAGUACUCGAAUGACAUGCUGCGAUACAAGGUCAACGACCCCGCGACUAUCCUCGAAGGUGACGUCAUUGUGACCAAGAACCCGUGCAUGCACCCGGGCGACAUCCGCAAGCUGACGGCGGUGAACGUGCCACAGCUGCACCACGUGCGCGACUGCAUAGUGUUUCCGGCCAAGGGGGACCGACCGCAUCCAGACGAGAUGGCCGGCUCUGACCUCGAUGGCGACGAGUACUCCGUGUUGUGGUACGAGGACCUCAUCUUCAAAGCCAACUGCAACGCAAUGAACUAUUACAACGAUCCACCACGUGAACGGAAAACACCUAUUGAGGUGCAAGACAUGAUCGACUUCUUCUGCCAGUACAUCAAGGGCGAUAAGAUCGGCCUCAUUGCGAACGCGCACCUCGUGUGGGCGGACUUGCUGGACGCCGGCAUCAAUUCGCGCCGCUGCCGCGACCUGGCCCGCAAGUGCGCGGUCAACCUGGACUUCGCAAAGUGCGGCGACCUCAAGGGCUUUCAGAACGCCGAGAAGCCGCCCAUGUACCCAGAUUUCAUGGAGAAGCAGGACACGAAGAACACGUACUGCUCGCGAAAGGUCCUGGGCCAACUGUACAGGAACUGCAAGAAGGUCGAGCUGAGCACUGAGUGCCUGGACGUGGUAGAGGACACCCUGCCAGACCCACGGCUGCUGCUGGAAGGCCGAGAAGCUUACGUGCCGGAAGCUAGGGCAGCCUACCGAAGGUACGCGAUGAAAAUCCGGGCGCUGCUGAAGUCGUACCGGAUCGAGAGUGAGAGCGAAGCCCUCUCUGGUGCCGUGUCCAAGUUCAGCAAGUACGUGAAGGAAAAGAAUGACCCAACGGACGUGGCCAUGGUUCUCGAGAGCCAGGUCGAGCACGUGGUCCGCAAGACGCGCGACGAAUUCUUCUCCCAGCCUCUCGGCGAGCUUCAGGAGAACUUGAAAGCUUCGGCGUGGUACCAGGUGACGUACGAUAUGCAGGCGUCGGAGGGAGGCAUUCAGAGCUUCCCGUGGGUAGUGCCGGACGUGCUCAUGCGAAUCCUGGGCAACUCGAGCCAAUCAACGUGUGACGCCGCGCCAGCGUCGCGAAACAGCUUCACCCAGCGUCUCGGCGCCCUUCUGCUCGGCCGAACGCCCGCCAAUGACGAUGCUCAAGGAGACCAAGAACAAAAAGAAGCCCGCCUGCUGAACAACCUGCUCAAGCUCAUGUACGACUGGAUCGACUCAAACCGCGAGUUCCUGUUUGUCAAGGAAGCCCAGGAGUUUGGCCUCUACAAGAACAUCAUGCGCGACGCAUGUGUAAAGGUGUCCCGUUCUCUUACCCGAGACAUGCAGCCGCACAAGCUGGUGAUCCUGUGCCUGCGCUUCGCCUGCGCCUGGUGCCUCAAGAUCUUCCAGGGGGGCAGCGACGGCGAGGUCAUCUCGAAGGAGUGCCGGCGCCGCUACCGACUCGGCCACCUGGCGCUCAUCACGCUCAAUCGCCUGUCCAUGUCUGGAAACCUCGCGUACCUGCGUCGGGCUCCCGAGGCCAACCUGUCCACUGAGUUGGUCAGGAUCUACAUCGACAAGGACGACGACGAGUUCUUCCUGAUCGUCCGCCGCUACGAGGACGUCUUCACGGUCAUCAUGUCUGACUGGUCGGGCGUGCAGACCAUCCAGUGCGACCUCAAGAGGGACCGCAUGGACGAGUGGUUCCUCCAACUCAUGGUCACCGGGAGCCGCUGGGCACUGGAGCGCCUCAAGGAGAUCGUCGUGUACCCUUCGUUCCGCGAAGUGCUGUCGCUCGUCUUCAAGCGGCAGAUCUCGCAGCCCUAAAGGGAGCCGCCCAGCACCGCCGCCCCCGAACUGCGUGUCUGCUGAAGAGGCCGUCCGAGGAAGGCAGUUUCCAGAGCGGCUUGAGGGCGUCAAAGCCACGUUGCUUUCAUUUCAGUUCUCCGCGAGCAAACAACCACUCUGGCCACCGUCUGCUCCGCUCUUCAACUGCAAGCUAGCUUUUUGUUUUCUUUGAGUGGACAGCGGGUGCCAGAGUUUUUUUUUUAAUUUUUUUUUUAAAUCUAGUGUGGUUUUCCUUUGCUCUUC